AUGAAUGUAUUGGUUGAAUCCAGAUAAGGCACUAAAAGAAUUAUAAUCAUUAUUAUUUAUCUUAUGAUUUAUAUUAUUUUUCUUGUGUGUUCUGCAUUGGGUGCUAAAUCAAGCAGAUUUCUCAAUCCAAAAACAGAUGUCAUAAGAGAAACCAUAUAAGAUUACAAUUACAUGGCUAAUUUAAAUUAGUCCAUUUUAUUCCAAUAUGCUAAGUAUUAUAAAGAAUAAUUAGUUAUUAUGGCACAUACUCUAUGUCAUUGAAAUCAGAAGGCAAGAAUGAGAUUCCUUUAGCAUAAUCAAUUGAUGGCAAUUUCAGUUAAGGAUGUCAUCCAUAUUCAAGAAAAAUAGCAUAAUAAUAAUUAUUUAAUACAACACCUCGUCUGCCAUUUGAAACCCCCGAAACUCUUCAAGGAAUAAUCACAUCAGUUUAUGCUGCAAAUUAUUUUGUAUUUAUUUUGAGGAGUGAUUUUAAAUUGUUCAUCAUGAAGAUAGAUUACAAUAAAUAGCAUAAUGAUAUUAUAGACUUUACAUAGCAUUAAAUAGUAGAUUUGACGAAAGAGUUUGAUAAUAUAAAUGAAAAGUCUUAAUUAUUAAAUUCAGAACUGUUGUGUAGUCAAUACUUGAAAUAAGGAGGGCAAAUAUUUUGUUUUAUAAUAAGUGAGUACGGGGUUUUACAAUUCUCCUAUAAUUAAAUCGAGUAAGUUAUGUAAAUUAUUGUAGUGAAAAUAUGGUUUCAAUUUCCAAAUUAUUCAACCUGAAAAAGGAAACAAUCAAUCACAUAUUUUUCAGCGAUGAAAAUGAGUUAUUAUUUAUAACUUAUCCAACAGCAGGAGUUGAUGUCUAUAAAAUGAAUCCAAGUGGCGAUUUGUAGUUAAUAAUAAACAUAAUACCCAACGGAUUAACAAACUUAAAGUAAGCCAAAAUGGAUGAAGCUUCCAAUUAUCUCUUCAUUCUAAAUGAACGAUUGGGAGUUCAUAUAUAUAAUUUCAAUAAAUAAACCUAAUCUUUCUAAGAGAAUAAUAUGUAUAUUUAUAUUAAAGGAGGAGAUACAUUUGAUUUUCACAGAAACACUAUGUUCAUUCUAGCUUAAACUGAAGACUCAUUAUAAUAUGCUUUAGAGAUAUUUAUUGAUUUCAAAGAGGAAUAAUAUUACUUCAAUUAAAUACAUUCAUUUGGAUAAGAUGUCUAUGAUGUUUACGUUGGAAAUUUGUUUGUUUUAUUUGUUGGUUCUGAUCGCUUGCAUUAAGUUAUAUAUCACUCUGUUUACAAAGAUUUUGAUGCUCAACAUGAAUAAUUUUAUUUCUCUGACAUUGAUUUGAUCUAAGUAGAUGAAUUGAAUCCUCCUUGGAAAUAAUAGUUGUACAAUGGGAAAGCUUUUGAAGAUGGAAUUUUGAGCUAAGUAAAUUUGACCUAUACAGAAACCUUCUUAGUUGGCAUAUCAGAGAAUGAAGUGAGUUUGUUUAGAAUCAGAUUGAUACCUCCUUGGGUACUCUGCACUGCUUUCGAACCUAAAAUUGAAGUAAUCAUUUGAAAUAACAAUAGUAUUAUUCGUUAACACUAAAUUCUACUGUUUGUCCAUCAUUAAAAGAUUAAGUUUAAAAUCAAUUUAAAUAUUGUUAAGUAUAGGCAAAUUUCAGUUUUGAAGGAGUUAGCGUUUUGAUGUAUGAAGAACAUUAAUCCUAUUUUAUUUUAGUUGUAAUAAUCUUAAUAUCAAUGAUCUUGAUAUUAUUUAUUACUCUAUUAAUAUGCAGAAAGAGAUUAUACCAAAAAUUAAGUGAUUAAGAAGAAAAGUAAAUUGAAGAAUAUUCUAAAAGAGAAUAACUGUAAUUGGACACAGAAAAUAUUAAAACCAUGAUUUGA